CUAACGUGAGUCAUUGAAGAAAAUCAAAACAAAUUGAUUUUGGGGAUUUCCUUUUUGUGAAUUUUCUCAAAUUUCGUCAGUAUUUCUGUGAUUUUUCCACCCCCAAACACUCCUUGAAGAUGAAUCGUCUCUUUGGAAAAGCAAAACCGAAGGAGCCACUGCCCAGCAUCAAUGAUUGCAUCGCAGGAGUUGACACACGGGCGGAGUCUGUGGAGCAGAAGAUCACCAAGUUGGACACGGAGCUGCGGAAGUACAAGGAGCAGAUGGCCAAGAUGCGUGAAGGCCCCGCUAAGAAUGCUGUCAAGGCGAAGGCAAUGCGUGUGCUGAAGCAGAAGAAGAUGUACGAGAGUCAGGCAGAGAAUCUCCGGAAUCAAUCCUUCAACAUGGAGCAGGCCAACUAUGCUCAUCAGACGCUCAAGGACACGCACGCCACGGUGGCAGCGAUGAAGGAUGGCGUGAAGAGUAUGAAGAAGGAAUUCAAGAAGAUUAACAUCGAUCAAAUUGAGGACAUUCAGGAUGAGAUGGCGGAUAUGCUGGAGCAAUCGGAUGAGGUGCAGGAGGCACUGGGACGUACGUAUGGAAUGCCGGAGAUUGAUGAUGACGAAUUGGCGGCAGAAUUGGAGGCCUUGGGUGAUGAUAUUGCCUUGGAUGACGACAGCAGCUACUUGGAUGAUGUCGUGAAGGCCCCAGAGGCUCCGGACAAGGAGCCAGGAGCUGAUAGUGUGGUGAAGAAUAAGGAUGGUAUCCCUGUUGAUGAAUUUGGGCUCCCAAUGAUUCCUGCCUCCAUGAAAACCACGUAAAUUGCUCCCACGUCCAGCACACCUUUUUGGCUCUUCCUGCACGCCCAGGGACUUCCGUAUGGGCUCCAGGUAAGACACAACACACACGCAUUCUUCUUGUAUAUUUUGUUUUGUUUAUUAUCCUCUUUAUCCUUAUCAAAGAUGUUUCCCUGAAAGAGAGCUUUGAAUACAUUGCAAGAAAUAAAGGAAAUGAGAGAAAA